UUCCGUCAUCCACCCUCCUCAACGACGGGGGUUGGUUGAGAGUCCGCGCGGCGGAGAGGGAACAACAGAACUGACAGGCAGCAGCGCGCGACUCCAGUCACGUCAAGGGGAAGAUGGAGCAGCACACAGGCACCGAGGACUUCAACAUCUUGUUAGCUACUGACUCCUACAAGGUCACUCAUUACAAACAGUACCCACCCAACACUAGUAAGGUGUAUUCUUACUUCGAGUGCCGCGAGAAGAAGACAGACCCUACCAAGCACAGAAAAGUCAAAUACGACAAGACGGUCUUCUAUGGGCUUCAGUACAUUCUCAACAAAUACUUAAAAGGACAGGUUGUGACACCAGCGAAGAUUCAGGAAGCAAAGGAGGUCUACCGGGAACACUUUCAGGAUGAUGUGUUCAACGAAAAGGGAUGGAAUUACAUUUUGGAGAAAUACAACGGUCACCUGCCCAUCGAGAUCAAGGCCGUGCCGGAGGGAAGUGUUAUCCCGCGUGGGAAUGUGCUGUUCACCGUAGAAAGCACCGAUCCGGAGUGCUACUGGCUCACCAACUGGGUUGAGACUAUCCUGGUUCAGUCCUGGUAUCCCAUCACCGUCGCAACCAACUCACGAGAACAGAAGAAGAUUCUGGCCAAAUAUCUCAUGGAAACGUCAGGAAGCCUGGAGGGACUGGAAUAUAAACUGCAUGACUUCGGCUACAGAGGGGUUUCAUCUCAAGAGACGGCUGGUAUCGGCGCAUCUGCACACUUGGUAAACUUCAAAGGAACAGACACUGUGGCCGGGAUCUGCGUUAUCAAGAAGUACUACGGCACCAAAGACCCGGUUCCUGGUUUCUCAGUACCAGCUGCAGAACACAGCACAAUCACUGCCUGGGGAAAGGACCAUGAGAAGGAUGCUUUUGAACACAUCAUCAAGCAGUUUCCCUCUGUCCCUGUGUCUAUCGUCAGCGACAGCUACGACAUCUACAACGCCUGUGAGAAGAUCUGGGGGGAAGAUCUGAGGAGUCUGAUUGAGAUGAGGAGCGCAGACGCCCCGCUGGUGGUCCGACCAGAUUCAGGAAACCCUCUAGACACGGUGCUAAAGGUCCUAGAGAUUUUAGGAAAGAAAUUUCAUCCGACUGAGAACUCUAAAGGCUAUAAAGUGCUUCCGCCCUACAUCAGAGUCAUUCAGGGUGACGGUGUGGACAUCAAUACUUUACAGGAGAUUGUAGAGGGCAUGAAACAGCACAGAUGGAGCAUCGAAAACAUUGCGUUUGGCUCAGGUGGAGCUUUGCUGCAGAAACUGACCCGAGAUCUGCUCAACUGCUCUUUUAAGUGCAGUUAUGUGGUGACGAACGGAUUGGGCGUAAACGUCUUCAAGGAUCCUGUUGCAGACCCCAACAAAAGGUCAAAGAAGGGUCGGCUUUCUCUUCACAGGACGCCAAGUGGAGAUUUUGUUACUCUGGAAGAGGGGAAGGGUGAUCUGGAGCAGUAUGGAGAUGACUUGCUGCACACUGUGUUCAGGAACGGGAAGAUUGUAAAGACGUACACCUUCGAUGAGGUCAGAGACAAUGCCAAGCUGAAGGAGAGCGAACUGGAGGAUCUGCUGCUCUGAGAGCGUCAAUCUCUUUCUCCGUCAGUCCUCUCUCUCCACCCCACAUCCACCCGAGAGGACCUGCGUUCCGACCCCACGCCGCUGACAGACGUGAGGACACACAGUUACCCCACCUUCAGUUCAGUGUACAGAACUGAUCUAUGUUUUUGUCUACUGACUCCACUAUGCUUCAAUGUCUCUUUCUAAUGGCGGAUGAGAGCAAUUAUCAUGCUAUUUAAAUCAUGUAACUGUGUAUUUGACCAAGCGUGCUAUUGAUCACACGUCUUUGCAGGAAUGGAGACGUAUAUGUGUGCGUAUACCGCAAGAAGAUUUCGCUUUGCUUGACUGUAGGACUGAAAGGUAAUCGUUCGGUGUUUGUUGAAUGUGAAUGUUGUGUGUAGGGUUUUCACUUUAUCAGAGGAUUAAUCUAUUCCUUUAUGCAAAGGAGAUGGCUGAACUUGGGGGAAACGUUCAUUCUCUUUUGUUGGCUUUGUGUUUGUCAUUUCUAUUUUCGUUUGAAUGGUGAAACUCGCAAGAAUUGCCCUGAAAUCUAAGAACUGAAUGAGAAACUUAAUUUUGCAUAAAGAAAAUGGAAGCUUUUUUUUUUUUUUGCAUUGUUUUCAUGAUAUUUCAUUACAUUUUACCACAAAUUCUCAUUAUUAGUAUCCAGAUUUUUUGUUUUUACUGUAACUCUCAGUAGUAAUUCUAUGGAAGUUUGUUUCCGCCACUAAAUAAAAAGAAAUUAAAAAAGGUAACUGCGACUUUUAAUUUCACAAUUCUGACUUUUUUUUCUCAGAAUUGCGAGAUUUAAACUCACAUUUGCGAGUUAUAAAGUCAGACUUGCGAGAUACAGUCACAAUUCUGACUUUUUUUCUCGCAAUUGCGAAUUUUUAUCACGCAAUGCUGACUUUUUUUCUCGGAAUUGCGAUAUUUAAACUCGUAUUUGUGAGAUAUAAAGUCAGAUUUGCGUGUUAUAAAGUCAGAAUUGAGUGAUAUAAACUCGCAAUUCUAACUUUUAUCUCGCAAUUUUGACUAUUUUUCGCAAUUGUGAGUUUAUAUAUCGCAAUUUCUCAAAAUUGUGAGAUAAAAACUCGCAAUUGUGAGAAAAAAUGUCAGAAUUGUGAGAUAAAAAGUCACAAUUACCUUUUUUAUUUUUUUAUUUCAUGGCGGAAACAAGCUUCCACAUGAUUCUCAUUAAUCAUUCUCAUUAUUAACACUGAAAAUGUUAAAUGUUGUUACUGUAAUGCAGUAUUUUCUUAUUAUUGCCAUAUAAGAUUUUUUUAAUUUAUUUAAAUCAUCAUAAAUUAAAGACACCACAUACUACCAUGAUGUAUAAAUACUGUAUAUUAAAUAUUUUAAAUAUACUUUUUUUUCCCCCUCCCAAUCUGUACGGUCCUAAAAUUAGGGUUAAUUUUCUUUAUGCAAAUUAUAAUUUCUUAUUACUCCUUUUUUUGGUGAAAGAUGACAUGUUUUUGACAGAAUUCAACCAGAUAUAAUAGACCCUUCCCUUUAUACAUUAUCCCGAUUUUGCCAACAUUUUAAAUGCUCCAUCAUAAUAUACAAUGUAAACCUGAUAUAUUUAAGGCGACAAAAAAACAAAAACAUCUUUUUUUAAAUAUUCACUACAGCUUUAUUUGAAAACACAAGUUUUAUUAUACAGCGGGAAUCAUUUUAGAAGAGUUUGGUUUUACUAUUUUGUAUACUUAAUGUUUCAAACUCCAGAAUCAUUAUUUUUUAAAUACCGCUAGAGUUACCAUAGUAAAUAUCCAUAGAAUAAUGUGGCCAAACUGCCUCCUCUCUUGUAUAUAUUGGCGUGUGUUUUUAUUUUGAGAGAGCUGGCUUCUUAUUAGUGCAAAUAGAGAAAUGUUCUUAUUUUUGUCGAAUGCCCAUUUUGUACCAACAGGAAAUUCACUGAUCUGUUACGUUCUGUAGAAGACUGUCGCUCAGUCAUUCUCCGGCACAUGUGUUGAUAUGCAUAUGUGUGUGUGUGUGUGUACAUUGUACACUUGGUUGACAAUACUUGCUAAUUAUAAUUUCAUCUAUGUUUUUAUGUAUAUGUUGGGUCUCCCUUUUUCUGUCAACCUCUUCAGAUAUUUUAAACAAACAUGACCGACGCCGUUUUGACAGCAUAUUGAAAAAACAACAGUCCAUCCUUUUUGCUGAAAUGUUAUUAUUUCUUUUCCUUUUUUAUGGAAUAGUGAACAAGAUGAAACCAUUCCCUUUUAUAGCUGCUGUAAGGACAGUAAACUGUUUCUCGAUGCACUAGCCUCCAAUCUAGUAAUUAAAUCACUUCAUUUUGAUGACGAGUUUAAAACUGUGUUAAGGAACAUUAGUGUGGAAGUUUAAAUAAAAAGCAAUAUCAUACCGA